AUGUUCAUUGAAGUUGGCAGCGCCUUUGGUGACGUCAUGCUCGAGCGCUUCGGACGCUCUGCGGCACGUUUCGCUCCCUUCAUCGGGCCCAUGGGAGUUCUUGCGCAAACGGUGCUCGACGUCUUCAUCCCUCCGCCAGACAUGGCCAGUGUGCAGUACGUGCAGCAAUACGUCGGGCAAUACGUACGACGUCAAAUUGACGACUUGAGAAUCGAGCUUUUGGAGGCCAUGGACUCCAAGCUGGAAGAGCUCCGCAAAGAUCUGAGGUCCGAGUUUCUGGAGGUCGAGGAGCUGAUCUUCAAUGCCAUUGACCAGAACUCGUUCAUGGAGACUGCGGAGAAAGUGCGCUCGGUGCUGCAGAGCAUCGAAAGUGCUUCUGUCGGCAACAUUGUGGACCCAGAUUCAUUCUUGUCUUACCUUCUGGCCGUCGAGGUUGACAUCGCGCAUAUCCCGAACCUUCUUUUCCUACCCUGCUAUAAGAAUGGCUGGCCAAGUCUAGAGUGCAAGGACAGGGCGGUCGCUGGGGCUACGCCCUUGCUUGCUGCGAUGGUGCCGGUGCACCUAGCCGUCCUAGACGGAAUCAUCAAUACCUUACACUCCAAAUGGCAGCACAUCCGACAGCACAUCACGCAGGCCACCGACGUUGAUCCGAAGAUCACGGCGCAAGCAGAUGCAUUGCUCGUGGAAAACUUCCGUGGUGUCGGCUGUCCAAAUGGAAACCCCUCAGCUGCUGCUCUCACGGAGUUUAAAGGAGUAGAUGAGGCAACAUCUCUGUCCCACAUGUACGAUUACUGCCUGGCUGCUGCAAAUGUGGGAGAGGCCAACUGUGAUGCUGCAGUCGGUCCUGGUUGGAAGCUGAUGCGGCGAACACCAGGUGGAAGGUUCCCUCAGAAGGACCAGCUGGUGGGCAGUGUCAACGAAGGCGAUCCCACCGGCGACAGUUUCUCGAAGGCAUGGGCUAACGAGGAUUUCGAUGAGUUCCUCUUCGCUACGGGCGACUGUGCGAAGUGGAUGGUUAUGAGCAAAUCGGAGGUCCUUUCAUUCUACAGCAACUCGCACCGGCGCAUUGAGAAGUCUCAUCUGCAGGACUACCCAUACACGGCGCGAAUGUGGAGGCGUGAGACGAUCCUUGAGGAUCCAUCGCUCAGAUUCGACGACGGCGCUUGCAGCUACCUGUACGCCGGGUGGAACGACCCAUGCAAUCCGGGACACAGCCAUGGCGGCCUCAAGGUCUACAUCCGCAAAGGUCAGACGCCGAUUUUCCAAGCUACGGCCUGGCCGAUUCUUGGCUUUACUCACGAGAGCACGCAGGUGAAGUGCGAGGUAGGGAAUGACUUGGACGAUGGCUAUGAGUAUAUGUACAAUGCCGACAGAUUUGGAGACAACCCAGUCUGCGGCACCGGCGCUUGGUGCUGCAGGCGACCGCGCGACGUGGAUCCCAAGGCAUUGGAGUGCUGCGGGGUGAACCAAGCACCAUGCGAGACAACCUGCAAAACGUUGUCAAGUCUCCAGUUCGAACUCCUUGACAGAACAAGGCUGAAGCAAGACAAGACAAAGGCUUUGUACAACGGCUUGAUGCAGAAGAGCAGCUACCACUACGUCAAUAACCUCAUACUGCCGGAGACUAACCUUGCCAAGAGGCGAAAGCUUUUCGAUCAGUCUAUGAGCCUCUUAAAGCCUGCCGAGCUUUUGUUGGAGAACAAGCUGACCUACGAGGCUGCAGUUCCCACAGCGCAAAAGCACAGUCUUUCGGUGAAGGUCCCCUUUGCUUCGGGCUAUGCGAGUCUGGUCGUGCUGAGGAAGGGCGGCUCCGGUCUGGACGGUGUGAGCAUCAACGGUAUCGCACAUGCGGCGAAGCCCUCCAGUUCCCAAACGUCUCCGGAGUCCUUGAACUUUGAGUUCUCGGCUAAGACGAUCACCGUGGAGGGCGUCCACAAGUGGGCUGAUCAACUGCAGCCAGGCUCUGAAGUCCUGCUGCACGUUCAGCCAACGCCGCUGCCGGAGAUGUUGGACUGGGGCACCCACCCCGUCCGCCACUCCUGCGUCGAGUCCGCGAAGUAUCUCGAAUGCACAAAUCCUUCUGAGAACUCCGGUCAGGGGGAAAUCACCGUCCCGUUGCUGGAGAACGGGCGCUGGGAGGUCAACUUCUACAUGCGCUUGGAGACCAUGGCCCCGCAGGAAAGCUUCAGCGACGCAGCAUUGACAUUCACGAUGCCGGGGACGGACCACUGGCAAGCUAUCAUUCUCGACUCCAUCGACGGGACGCUGUAUGAAAACUGGUACCAUCAAGAAAUUGCCGAGACCGGUGUUGACAUGUCGCCGUACUACGGGAGUCCGGGGCCAUCAGCAGUCCAAGCAGGAAAGUGGCACCACUACAAGCUGAUCAGGAGAGGAAAGCAUCUCGCCGUCCUGUUGGAUGAGAAGCUGCUCUGGGACUGUUCAGUGUAUAGCACUGAGAUUGUCUCAGUAACGAUACGUCCAUGGCGCAACACGGGCCGGAUCUGGGGCCUCACAGCAAGCUAUGAGGGGGUCGUCGCGUUUCCGCCAUUGAGCGUGCACGGGGAGGACUGGAUGUGUACUGCCAUUAACAGUUGUCCUUCAUACAGAGGAUCCGUCUUGGUGGGCUAUGACCUGAACCUGCACAACCUCGUCGAGGAGCCAGGAUCCGGAGACUACGGGGAGACAAAAACGAAGAAGUUCAUCGCGUGCAGUUUUGGUCCGGACGGAAGCUACAUCUCCUCGGCCUGGUCUGGCCAGGGUUGGUUCCUCAGCCGGCCCCCGAAGUACAUGAGCGGCACCGGGGGUUUGAAGGUGUCAGCCGUGACAUUGCCUGCCUUCACCCUCCCAGACCACAUCUCAUUCGACAUGCUGGUGGCCCCGCCGUCCCAGGACCUCUGGGACUUCGGCUUCACGCCACGGUGCCCGGCCUGCAAGAAGAACAUCUACGCGAUCAGGCAACAUCCAUCAGGCGGCGAUCCUUGGGAUGCCCCCUGCUGA